GGCUGCUCUGAGAGACUUCACCCCUCCUGCAUCAGCAGCAGUUCACUUCACUAGUUCCAGCGGCGCUGACUAACCUGCAGUAACUAGUCCAGAGAUGAUGGGCGGCGUGUGUCUCUUCUGCUCUUCAGUGCUCUUCAUCAGCGUCUUCUGCUCUUCUGUGGAAAGCUUUCCAAGACCACUGACAGAUUGUGACGAUUAUGGAGAUUAUGUUCAGGGCUCGGCUGUGUUAAGCUCUCUGUGUGGUGUGGAGUGGAGGAAUCAGGAUCAGGAGCAGAUCCAGAAUGUCUUCAAGAGGUUUCUCUUUCACUACUCUAAAGCACACAACUCAGUGGGCUCAGUGGAGAGAGAGUCUCACUCGGUUCAUCCGCUCAUGCGUCUCUCGCCGAAGCUCUCUCUGCGCAGGAAGAAGCAGCAGACGAAGAACGUGUGUCGCUCGUCUAGAAGACGCCUUCGAGACGUGCUCUGUUCGUAUCUGGGAUUCUGAAACGAGUUCAAGCUGCUUUAGCGCUGCUGUCCAGCUACAAAACCCACCAGAUUUCAUUAAAACCUCUUCUAAUAAAUGUGA